GUUGGAAGGAUACCAGCGAACUAUGCCAAAAUUUGUACAUCUGCUCAUUGUUUUGUGCCUGAUUUCCCUCGUUUUUGGCGUUUGUUCUGCACAAAUUGACGAAUUCGUGGAGCUUUCGAAUUAUGCCGAGUUGUCCGACUUUGUCCUGAACCAAAAUGGAGCCGUUUCCGCAGUUGUCGAAUUGCAAGAAUGCAAAUCAAAUGAUACGGUCUCAAGACGAUCAGUUGUGAGCUACGCACUGGACCAAUGGAUCAGUUACAAGCCAUUCGACGCUGCCGGCGUUUUAAGGACAACGAAAAAUUAUGUAGCUCCAGAGGAGGAAUUUCUUUUUGUGAAAUACGAGGCUUCGGAAGACGACAGCCUGACGGUUUUGGUGGAAACCUUAGAUCCCUUAUCGCUGGAAAUGACUUUUUCUGCGGUUUUCACAUGCACAAUCGGAUCAAGUGCCAAAUUCUUUGCACGAGCUGUGAACCACGAUCACGAAGAGUUCGGAACAUAUGAAGACACGAAAACGGCGUUGUUGAAUGGCAGAACGUUACGGACAAAAACAAACAUCACAAGUUGUGCAAAUGUUGAUUGGACUGGGAACAAUGUCGAAAUUUUGCACGCAUCAACAAUCAUUCAAGCUUGGGACAUCAUUAAUGAAGGGACUGACUCGGAAAUUAUAAAUAUUCGCUACUCAUUCUGGGUCGAUUAUUUCGUGAGUGAGUCAGUUGGGGUUGAAAGCAUUUCAAUCACCUUAAAACCUGACGGAAGUGUGGAAAUGUUCCCUCAAAUUGUGGAUCUUGCCAAUGGAAACGUUGCAAUUCCCUUUGAAAACGGGUACACUUGUCAACUUUCUUCGUCAUUCCGACUUUUUGCGCCCGGAAUCAGUGGACCUUUGCCUGGGCUGGAAACUUUCGGGGAUAUUCUUGCCAAUUUGCAAAGUGGUCAGCAACAAGAGUUUGUCAUUAAUGCUGAGGAUUGUGCCUGGGAAAUUUUGCCUGAUGAUGGCUUCGAACUGCAACCUCUAAAAUUCGGCACAAAAGUCGGCUACUGGGACGUUGCCUAUGACUUGGACAGCAAGCGAUUAAUCAAUUAUUAUUCGUCCAGAUACCUAGAUGACCAAAUACUGGAACAAAAUCAAUACAGCAUGCAUGAAAGCGGCACUUUUACUGGGACAAGAAACCUCAUAAAUAUAUGGAAUGGACAAAUAACCAGGCAAUUGAGUCCCACAUGUAACCUGGGUUCUGGGGUAACUUUCUCCGGCGGCCAGCGAGUGAGAACUGAAUUGAAAAACUAUGGAGAACUUCUGGAAGCUGCUUUGGCAGGACGAAGAGUGAAUUUUGAAAUAUUACUCGGGGGUUGCAAUGGGCCUGAGAGCAGUGCUUAUUUCGGAGGAACGAUUCACGACUUCUACCUCGAGGAGUCGGAAGGUCAUCUUGACCAGAACAAUCGUUUAUCCUUGUAUAGUGUUGGUGACUGA